UUUUGAAAACCCCAACUUUCCGGUUGCGCCUUUUACGUCUAAUUCUAGCUAGCUUUUCGGCGGCAGGUGCAACCUCAGCAACAACGAUAACAACGGGAUAAGCUAACGGGACACUAGAGACACGAUGCACCGAAUAUUGUUGGUGUUUCUGGCCGCUGCCGGGGCGUCUGUCCUCGGCCUCCCCAGGCUGAUCGGGUCCACGGCGGCCGGGCCCUGCCUCGCCCCGCCGCAGUGGGAGGGCAGAUGGGUGCUGUACGACCACAGCACCGGGAGAAACAGCCGGUCCGCCGUCUCCUACGACGGCCUGAAUCAGAGGCUCCGGAUCCUGCAGCAGAACAAGAAACACACCCCGUGUCAGAAGUAAGAUCCGCCUGUCUAAUCAUAUUAUAAUAAUAUAUUAAUAAUAUUAUAUCUUUAUAAAGAUAGCUCUGGUCCCUGAUUGAUCAUCGAUAUCCCAAACAACUCCACCUUCGAGGACCAGUACAUCAUCGGAGGCCCCGGGGACAACGUGGAGGUCCAGGAGUGGUCGGACAGGAAGCCAGCGCGCCAACAUGAGACCUGGGUGGGCGUUUACACCCUGAAGGACUGCUACCCGGUGCAGGAGACCUACGUCAGGAACAGCAGCGUCACCACCUCCACCCGCUUCUUCAACCUCCAGCUGGGCAUCAGCGACCCCAACGUCUUCAUCCCGCCCAGCACCUGUCAAUCAGCGCGGCCCGAGAGGAUGGCCGAGUCCGACUGCUGAGGCCUCGGCCGGCCCUCGCCUUUUGACCUUAGAUACUUAACAGCCUUCUGUGUGGAGGGAAAUUGGUGCAGUGUGCGAGAGCUUGUAGACUUGAUGUGAGCACUUGAUUUGAUUUGAUUAGGAUCCCCAUAAGCUGAUGCAUAACAUCUCUUCCUGGGGUCCACACAAAACACAAAAUAUUACAACAGAUAAGACGUUUUCAGCAAAACAGCCACAAGUUCAGUAUAAGAGCAGUAUAACUAGCAUUAUUCUUUCUUGCA